CGCCCCGCGAGACACGUUACGGGGGCUUUCGCUUCCCAAAUAUGUCAUUGAAGCACGUGAAAUCGAUACAUCGCAUUUCUAGUUGAGCACGUGGUGAUUAACGUGUUCGCCAACGUCUCGCUAGUUUAACCAAAGCUGACUACUAAACGAGCCAUUUUGUUUGACGACGUGAUAUUGUUAACAUUUUGACCUCUGUUGACCACGUUAGGAACAUGAAGGCUCGCUUUGUGGCUUUGAAGUUGGAUGUGGCUGCGGCUGUGCUGCUAACUCGCCAAGCUAACAGAAGCGUGACAAUUUUCUAAAGGCGCUCGCUCGCUUGUUUGCCUGCUCUGGGAAGCCCCGACUGGGCUUCGUCUUUACAACAGCCACACGACGUCGGGCGAACAUUGGUGGUUGCUAUGUUAUAUUUUCUUGACGGCCAACCUUCGGUUAGCUCGCCGCUCACUGUAGUUGGGGAAAAAAAAAAAAAAAGCAUUGUUCUCCGCGGUGCCCGGGGGCCUUCUGCUGCAUGCCUGCCGCCGCUGUGCUCGGCGUGGACUGGAGGAGAAAGGAGUCACAUUUCACUGGGCUUCUCGCAGCUGGCCGACGCGCCCUCCGGCGGCCAUGUUCCUGGCCAACAUCCCCUUUAGUCCAGAGACGGCCCAGGACCAGGAGAGGCGAAUCCGACGCGAAAUCGCCAAUAGCAACGAGCGGAGACGCAUGCAGAGCAUUAAUGCGGGCUUCCAGUCCCUUAAAACCCUCCUGCCUCACACAGAUGGGGAGAAACUCAGCAAGGCAGCCAUCUUGCAACAGACAGCAGAUUACAUCUUCACUCUCGAGCAGGAAAAAACGCAGCUCCUGUCGCAGAACAACCAGCUCAAACGCUUCAUACAGGAGUUCAGUGGUUCCUCGCCCAAGAGGAGGCGAGCAGAGGAGAAAGAUGAAGGGAUUGGGUCUCCUGACACUCUAGAUGAAGAGAAGGUGGAGGAGCUGAGGAGGGAAAUGCUCGAGUUGCGCCAACAGCUGGACCGAGAACGCUCUGCUCGCAUGCAGCUGGAGGAGCAGGUCCGCUCUCUGGACACCCAGGGGAACCCAGAUCAUCUCAAGGUGAUCACCCAGCAGGUGGAGGAGGAGCACGCGCAGUUCCAGAGCCAGACGUUGUUACGGCUGCAGCAGAUCCAAGCUGCGGACGGACAACCUCACAGUCCGAAGGUGAUCGCAUCAACCCACCACCCGACAGUCAUCGUGCCAGCGCCAACACUAAUCCAGCAACCCCAUCACCAUGUUACCGUGGUAACCAUGAGCUCGUCUGUCCACAACAGCACUGUCUCCACGUCGAGACAAAACUUGGACACCAUUGUGCAGGCAAUCCAUCACAUCGAGCGCACUCAGGAGAGGAGAGCAAGCGCAGAGGAGGAGCAGAGACGAGCGGUCAUUGUAAGCCCCGCCCACGUCGCGAUGGACACAGCCUGCUCGGAUACAGACACAGAUACAGAGGGAGAGGACUGUUCAAUGAACUGAUCGU